AGGUAGAGAGGCGCAGUGCGGCGGGGCUGCAGCACUCUCACACAGGAGUUAACCUGUUGGACUGCUGCUGCUGCUGCUGCUGCUAAUCCACUACUCCCACUCUCUGUCUGCCAACAGCUGGCUCUCCUCCUCUCUCUCUGGAUUUUGUACACUCUUCUCACAGUUUUUAUGAGUUGGAAUGACAUUCUCCUGAACUGAGGCUGCUGUAAUGAGAUCCUCUGUCCUAGGAUCAGUGUGUGCUCUGCUCUUGCUGUUGCGGGAGCCUGCAUGCCGGGGUGAUGAGGUUACCUCCAACACAGUGAACCCCUGCUGUUAUUUCCCCUGUCAGCACCGGGGAGUGUGUGUAAGGUUCGGUGAGGUCAAGUAUGAGUGUGACUGCACUAAUACCGGCUACAGCGGAGACAACUGCACUGUCCCGGAGUUCUGGAGCAGAGUGCGCCAGUUCAUCAAGCCAAGCCCAGAUGUGGCAAAUUACAUUCUCACCCAUUUCCGCAUCAUCUGGGACAUCAUCAACUACACCUUCCUACGGGACGUCCUCAUGCGGCUGGUUCUAACAGCGAGGUCCAAUUUAAUACCCAACCCUCCAACCUUCAACUCAAAGUAUGGUUACCUCAGCUGGGAGUCGUACUAUAAUCUGAGCUACUACACCCGGAUUCUGCCCCCAGUGCCAGAGGACUGCCCCACAAUUCUGGGGGUCAAAGGCGAGGCUGGGCUGCCUGACCCUGAACUUCUGUUUGAGAGGCUGCUGAAGAGAAGAACGUUCAGACCCGACCCCCAGGGCUCCAACCUCAUGUUCGCCUUCUUCGCACAGCACUUCACCCACCAGUUCUUUAAGACCUACAAUCGUAUGGGUGUUGGCUUCACUAAGGCUCUAGCGCACGGGGUGGAUGCAGGGCACAUUUAUGGAGACAACCUGCAACGUCAGCUCCAUCUCAGGCUUCACAAAGACGGAAAACUCAAGUAUCAGUUAGUUGACGGCGAGAUGUACCCUCCCCCUGUAGUUGAUGCACCCAUUAAGAUGAGCUACCCACCUGGGAUCCCUCCGGAGGGUCAGAUGGCUAUUGGUCAGGAACAUUUUGGACUCCUCCCUGGUUUGGGAAUGUACGCCACGCUGUGGCUGAGGGAGCAUAACCGAGUGUGUGACAUCCUGAAGGCCGAGCAUCCCACCUGGGAUGAUGAGCAGCUUUUCCAGACCACACGCUUCAUCAUCAUUGGUGAGACAAUAAGAAUAGUGAUAGAGGAGUACGUGCAGCACCUCAGUGGAUACCUGCUGCAGUUGAAGUUUGAUCCCACCCUGCUCUUUAACACCAACUUCCAGUAUGGCAACCGUAUCGCUCUGGAGUUCAGCCAGCUCUACCACUGGCACCCGUUGAUGCCAGACAGUUUCUUCAUUAACGGAGAUGAACUGUCGUACCCGCAGUUUAUCUUCAACACAUCUGUUCUCACAAACUACGGCAUUGAGAAGCUGGUGGACGCCUUCUCCCGGCAAGCUGCUGGCCGGAUCGGCGGUGGCCAUAACAUCAAUGCUGUGGUAACCAAAGUGGCUGUUGGGGCCAUAAAGGAGUCCCGCCAACUGCGCAUGCAGCCCUUCAACCAGUACAGGAAGUUUUUUAACCUCAAGCCGUACUCAUCGUUCCAACAAUUCACUGAUAAUGAGGAGAUAGCCCGCGAGCUUGAGGAAUUCUACGGUGACAUUGAUGCUGUUGAAUUUUACCCUGGUUUACUGUUGGAGGGAACACGACAGGGGGCCAUAUUUGGAGAGAGCAUGAUAGAGAUGGGCGCCCCCUUCUCUCUUAAAGGCCUCCUGGGAAACCCUAUAUGUUCUCCAGAUUACUGGAAGCCCAGCACCUUUGGAGGCAAAGUCGGCUUUGACAUAGUGAAAUCUGCCACGCUGAAGAAGCUGGUCUGUCUGAACACCAGGACGUGUCCCUAUGUGGCGUUCAGAGUACCAACAGAGGAGCAAUCACAAAGUGGGAAUGAUGACAGUAAAGUAAGGACUGAUGAGCUAGCCGUUGUCAUGACGACUCUGGAUGACAGAAUUCUGGGAGAGAAGCUGCAGUACUACUACAGCAGUAGUGAGGAUGAAGGCAGCGAAAACGAGGAUGAGGAUGGGGAGAACAAGACCAUCCGGGACGGUACCGUCAAUGAGCCUGAGAUAGACUACAGCGCUGAUGGAAGUGCUGUCAACACAGGACCAAAGGGUGUCAUCAAUGACUGGAGGAAGUUCAAACAGCUGGAGGUGGAGCAGAAACAAGAGCAGAAGAGAGAGAUGGAAAGACUGAUCAAGAAGCUGUCGAUGACCUGCCGCUCUGACCUUGACCUGGAAAAAGACAAAGAGAAACAGAAAGAGCUGGCUGACAAAAUCAAAGGCAAAAUGACCAUGCAAGAGUACAACAUGCUCCAGGAAGAAGAGGACGACGAAGACUUCCUCCAGCAUUACCGUAUGCAGCGCAUCGAAGAGAUGCGGCGCCAGUUCUGCCGCGGCAAACGCUUUGCGCAGGUCUACGAGCUUAGCAGCGGAGAGGACUUCCUGGAGGCUUUGGACAAGGAGGACCAAAGCACACUGGUCAUGAUCCACAUCUACGAGGCCGACAUCCCGGGCUGCGAGGCCAUGAGCGGCAGCCUGAUGUGUCUGGCUCAGGAAUACCCGCUGGUCAAGUUCUGCAGCGUGCGCAGCUCGGCCAUCAGCACCAGCGCACUGUUCAGAGACAGUGCUCUGCCCGCUCUGCUGGUUUACAAAGGAGGGGAUCUGAUCGGCAACUUCGUGCGGGUCACAGACCAGCUCGGGGAAGAUUUCUUUGCCGUAGACGUGGAGGCGCUGCUGCAGGAGUACGGCCUGCUGCCGGACAAGGCCCCCAUCGUCUCGAAGACGAUUCGCAACGGAGCCAUCGUACAGAACACUGUGAGCGAUGAUGACUCUGACCUUGAUAUCGACUAGAGCCAUAAUAUCUAACAUGCAUUAUAUUGCUUGGGAAUCACAGUCUGCAUGGACUUUAGAUAAUUUUUAUGUAUGUGGACCCCCCGUAGUGAUGACGGACUGAGCCAGGAUUGCCAUGUUACUACUCUCACAGCAUCAUAAGACCAGCAUUGAAGCAGAACCAAAAGUAAAUGCACACAAAAAACAUCACGGCCCAGUGAGUUUCAUCAUGACAUCAAUCCAUGGUAAACAUAAGUUAUAAUUAAUAAUUAAAGUACAUUUUUGUUACAUUAAUAUCGAGGAGUGAAAAUGAUGUAGAUUGUUAGUUUAAAUGUUUUAUUUGAGCUGUGAUUGUCAACUAUUUAUUUGUUGUGUUAAAAAAACACAUUCCCUUGUUUUGUUUCAUGUGCAUCGUCAUUGAAUUUAAUGCGUCUCACUCUGUAGAAUAUGAAUCCUGCAGCCCGAAACUGACUUUUAGUUAAUUUUAUAACUUUUAUAUGUGCUGUACCAUUUCAAAUAGUGAGAAAGAAUAAACACAUGUUUCGUCUCAC